CGGGUCCUUAACCGUUGGACCCCGGCGCUGUAAACAAGCAGUCAGUUCGUUACUUAAAAUAAGUCUAUUUAAAGGAGUGUUUUAUCACCUUACUUGCAGUGGACUUGUAGUUAUGACAGAUGAGGAGAGCGAGUUGGAAAAGUACGUACAUGUUGCUACUGUAGUAUUUAAUAUUCACGUAGUAAUUAACUGUCAGGCGAUACAAACACCCUUUCCUCAGUUGGGUUAUAUCGGGAUGCUGCCUGUCUGUCUGCUUACUCGACGUGCUGUGGAGGAGCUCCUGAGGGAGACUGACAGGGCUCGGGUGAGAGCCGAGACGAUGGGCCCUGCGGGAUGGUUGAAAUGUCCAUUGCGGGGCACCAACAAGCGGUUCCUCCUCAACACCCUGCGCUCCACCGGCCUGCAGCGGGAGCCCGGGGAGUCCAAAGAGGGACACUCAUCGCAUGCCACGACUUGGGAGUCCUCCUGUAGGAGGAGCCGCAGCCGGUCGCCCCACGCCGGACGAGACAGUGGACACUCGCGCAAGCGUCAUCGCGGGUACAUCUCCAGCGGUGACCCCAAGAGGAUGGACAGGGACAGGGAGCGGGAGAUGAGUCAUGGACGCAAAGGCGAGAGGGACAAGACGGCAGACAGACGGACGGCGGAAAAAGAUAGACGAACAACAAAGACGAGGACGGGGUCAGGAAAUUGAUGGACCUAGUUUUUUCAUUCAUCCAUCCAUUUUGUAUGUUCUCAUCUGGCUAACUGAGCUGGAGCCUAUCACCACUGACGUUGGUGAAUAUGGAGGGGGUGGAGAAAGAGGAAAAGUGGCAGUAAAAGAGGCCAAAAUCUAGAAUGUCAGGCGGUGAGGGAGUGUAAGAGUCUAGUUGCAUCAUAGGCGUGGUAAUGAAAUGCUAGUCUAGAAAUAUGUUUUAAAUUGAGAUUUUUACGUUUCUACAGAAGUAGGCGCUGAAAUUUCUUUCUGAUAGUGCUUGUCCUCAUUGGGAUAAGCUGGGGUCUGUCACAGCUGACUUGGGUCGAGAGGCGGGGUACACCCUGGACUGACUAUUAGUCAGUGGGAACAAUUAUGCAUUUUCUACAGUGCUUGUAUUUUUUAGGUUCUUGCCUCAUUUAAAUGAGAAACUACCCAUGAAGUAGCUUUGAUGUGAAACAACAGUGGAGCCAUCUUGUAUUGAGGACAUUGACACCGGCUGCAAUUUUGUGUUUAUUUUGGUUUAAUUAUUUUUAUGUAUUUAUUUUCCAAAAAUGCAGUGUUUUGUGUCCCAUUUAAAUCAAGACAGAUGGUUAAAAAAUAUUACCCCCCUCCCCCAUCGGACUUGCUUACACUUUUUAUUGUUUAACGUCGUAACAAAAAUGUGACUAUUUCACACAGUUUUUACCCAUAAUGUCAAUCGGCAAGGCAUCGCUUAAGCCAUCCGCUUCGUAAAUCACGUUAUCCACGCGGAAGAUAUCAUCCCUUUGAACGGUUUCCUUCCUCUUCAAAAGGAUGUUCAAAUAUAAACACCAUUGAGCGCGUCGCUGAUCGGCAACCACUCGCGUCACUUGCCCUUUUAUUGCGUGUGUGAGAGCCCCCAUUAAGAUACUGAGCACUUUAUUGCCGAUGUUAAACUCCUCUGUGCAGUCGGUAUGGAGAGGGUACAAAAAUACGAGCUGAUUUUUGGCACCCUCCUCGCAGUUGAACGCAUCGGUGAUACCUCUCAUGCAGAUCAGUGACAUUGGAAGAAGAGCUCUUUGGUAGGCAGUGUGAAUUGUCUUCAACUCUACAACUAGACUUAAACUUUACACACUGGUCCCAGUUUGACAUUGUUUUUCACAUGGAACAGUGAGUCUUGAUUAUGAUGAGAAGCGGCAGUAAAACAGGCCAAACUUGAGGCACUACAAGAGACGAGUGAUGGUAACCAAAUGAUAUGGUGUAGAAGUAAAUUGUGAUUUCAACAUUUCUAAAGGUGGUAGCCACUCUAAUUUAGGGAUGAGAAUGCUCUAGGACCUGACGUUUUCCCAAGCGUGAAAAUGCUUAGAGUUGACAUACGCACAGUCGGUAAUUGAGUUCUAGCUUAAUCGACUAACCAGGAGAGGCCUUGCUUAAUGGGGCCUAACACGUAGUGUACAGAAAGCAAGACUAAUGGCCAGUAAACACGGCACAAGCGCGCCGCCGCCUCGGAACUGCUAAGUGCUGUUAAAUGAGCCGUUCACAUCGGUGUCACGGCUACACCACGUAAGUCUGAUGCGCCACUGUGUCCUAAUGUUGGCAAAUUGACCAAAAUGUCUUGGAAAAAUGGCUCUGUUUCGACUUUUUGGAGGAACAAAGGACUGUGAUUUUAACUGUCUGGCUUUGUUGCUGAUUUGAUGUUGCAACUUGCUGUCCUUUGUUCCCAGUACGGUUGGUUUGAUUUCUUAGCCAGAAUUGACCAUCGACAAAUGUGAGAUUUGGAUGGUUCCGCACUGUUGCCGUUUUAUUUUAUAAGGAGUCACCAUCUUGUGUUUUGUUCCUAUUCCCGUAAUUUUGAUCUCCCAACCACAAGUUUUAUCUUUCCUGUUGUUGUUGUUGUUGUUUUUUUGCUUUCAUUCACUUUGGUUAGAUUUCUUGACUUCUACUUUUUGUCAACAAAGAUUUAGCAUUUGGAUUGUUUUGAAUUGUUACCUUUAUUACCAUCAUCGUUGUCAUCAUCAUUAUUAUUAUAAGUGUGCAACUGCCUCGAAUACGUUUGCAUCCCAACCAGAACUGUAAGCGACCAACUUUUUGUGAUCGAAGAACUUUGAUUUGUAUCAUCUGAGACAGUCAAUUAUUCACAUUGGACUGGCCGCCCGUAAAUAACAAAAAUCUGUGUACAAUUGACACCCAUUGAAAUGCAUUUGGGGAGAAAAAGUCCCCCUGCCCCCCAAGUUAUGCAAUAAAAAGAUACAAAUUAA